AUGAGAAUCUCCGUUCAAUGCCUUUUGUUGGCGUUGGCAUUUACAGCAGCCAACGCUCAAACGAACCCCACAAUCAUUGGCGUUGUUCAAGAAAAUGCAACAACUCAAGCUCCGAAGCAACAAGUGAUGAUCACCGGUGCCCCAGUUUCUGUCCCCACUACUAGUGCUCCAGUUCAUCUACAGAACACUAUGAUUACGGGUGCCCCAGUUUCUGUACCAACUAAUACCCCUGUCACCCCUAUCAACACAGUGAUUACUGGUGCCCCAGUUGCUCUCCCUACCCGUGCUCCAGUGCAAAACACUGUGAUUACAGGUGCACCAGUCCCAGUUGUCACGACUGCUCCAGUUCCUCUGCCAACUGUUGCUCCUGUCAACCCACCAACUGCUGCUCCCGUGAACCCACCAACUCUUGCUCCAGUGAAUCCACCAACUGCUGCUCCAGUCAACCCACCAACUCUUGCUCCAGUUAGUGCAACAACUGUUGCUCCAGUCAACCCACCAACUAUUGCGCCCGUGAACCCACCAACUAUUGCUCCAGUUAGUGCAACAACUGUUGCUCCAGUGAACCCACCAACUAUUGCGCCAGUGAACCCACCCACUAUUGCGCCAGUGAACCCACCCACUGAUGCUCCAGUCAACCCGCCAACAAAUGCUCCAGUCAACCCGCCAACAAAUGCACCAGUUGUUCCACAGCCAACCGCAGCUCCAGUUCCCACGGGUCCGCCUACAGGUGCACCAACAGAAUCACCCGCUCCUUCGCCUAGUCCUUCUGCCAUUCCAACAGUUCCUCCAACAUUCUCGAUUGCACCGACUGACAGGCCAACUGGAGAGCCCACAGAAUCCCCUGCACCCUCUCCUGCUCCAUCUGCAGUACCUACCAACCUUCCAACUACCUUGCCCUCUAUCGCACCAUCUGGAAACCCUACUCUAACAUUCAAGCCAUCAGAAACCCCUACUCAAACAUUCAAGCCAUCGACUCGUCCUACUGGAACUCCAAGCAAAUUGCCAACUGGAGCACCCAGUGUAGAGCCUACCCAAUACCCUACUGGAACUCCUUCCGUUCUUCCUACUUCGGAACCUACCGAAGAGGCCUUUAAGACCAAGAUCAGCCAUGUCAAACUCGUCCUGGUGGACAUUGAACGCGAAAUGAACGACGAUCAACUUGAACAAUUUGAAAUCGCCACCUUGGAAUUUGUUAAUGACACCGCUCCUCACACUGAUGGGUUUGAAAUUGAUGUCUUGGCUGUUACAGUCGUUUCUCAAAACGUUAUCUACGCAGAUGUUACGACAAACGAGACCGAUAAAGGAGAACGUCGUACGAAAACCGCUGCGGCAGCCCUUGAAGUUUCAUUCAAGACUGUUGGUCUUGUCACCGAAGGGCGUGCACCAUACGACUUUGAUUUCAAGAGGGAUAUUGUCAGUUUUGGAUUCGAAAAUCACAUGAAUCACUACAAUUACAUUCUCGGUAACAGAGAUCCCUUCUUUGAACCUCUCUUGGCACAUACUGAUAUUCAGGGUCCCGUGGAAGAAGAUGAAGGAAAGUUCGUUGCGGCGGUUGUGCUAUCUGUGAUUGCAUUCCUUGUCGCGGUCUUUGCUUCCGUCUAUGCCAUUCGCCGUCACUUGAGAGCCAAGAACAGACGCCGCAACCGUCAACACCGACUGUCCGAAGCUCACAAAAGCAAUACCUAUUCUGAUCACAGUACUGAUGAUAGUGACGAAGAAAACCCCUUCAAACCGCCACUUUCACUCGAGAUCUCGCCUGGAAAGAUGGAGUUGGAAAACGUUCCUAUCACUCCUAGAUCAAUUGCUUCUCCAUACAAGCAAGAGUAUCGUAACGGUGAAGCUUCUCCAAUGAGCCCUGAUACUCCAAAGCAUGCAGAGCCAACUGUUCUAGAGGAAACUGGUAAUGCCAUUCGAAAGUGGCUCACACCACGUGUUGCAUCACCCAAUGCCAAUGAAUUCAAAGACGCCGGCAAACCACCCAAGCCUGCUUCUUCUCCCGAUCCAAUGGCCUUGAAGGCACGUACAACCGAUGCCACAGGAACAUUUACAAAGGGAGGCAAUUCAACAAAGAACGUCAAUACCAAACCAGCAGGCACAAUGUUUGGUCAGUCUCCACUAACUAUCCCAAUGAGCUUCUUUGGAGGCCAAAACACGGAUGGCGAAAGCGAGAGCGAGACUCCAAUGGGAAGUCUUGCCGAUAGCGCUGCGAGCAGUUUCUUCAACAGAGUUGGAAAGUCUGUUUUCACAGGCAGACCUUCUUCGGACAACUUCCUUAAAGCUCGUGAUAGAUUCUCUCCAAAGGCUAAUUCGUUUGAUGACGGCGAGCCAAAGAGAAACAAUAGCAGCUUGGUAGGGCGUUCAAGAUCGGCUUCUGCUGUCCCAAAGAAAAGUCUUCUCAACGAGGAAAUUAUGAAGAAACACAGAAGCUCCUACCAGCCAUCGGAGGUUAGCGAUGUUAGCCUCAACGAAUUCAAGGGUGACAAGUAUAAUACGCUUCAGGCCCCAUCUUCAGUGGUAUCUUCCCGAGCUUCACAGUUCUCUUCCAACACACUAGGCGCAAGGGCGCGAGAAAGUACCGGUACUUCUGAUGACAACUCGCUCAAUGCUUUGCGAAGCAAACCAGAGUCUUUUGACGUUUUCGCUCCAUCUGGACCAAUUGGCAUCGUUGUUGAUACAUCGAAGGAUGGACCGGCGGUGCACUCCCUCAAAUCAACUUCUCCUAUGUUGGGACUCAUCAAUCCUGGAGAUUUGAUCAUUGCUUUGGAUGACGAGGACACAAGAAAAAUGACUGCUGCUUCGCUCACAAGAUUGAUGGCGAAAAAGUCGAGACAAAAGGAAAGAAAGAUCACUCUAUUGUCCCUUGACUAA